AUGAGUGAUAUGGAAACUGAACAGAAUCAAAAUUCAACAAACCUUCAUGAAUCUGGCGGAAAGAGACGCAGACUAAAGCGUUUAGUGAGUGAAGACCAGGAAAAUGAGGGUGAUAUCAAUAAUAAAAAUGAGAGUAGAGAUGGAGGCGAGAACACAGCCGCUUAUGAAAAUGCUGCUAAUUCCUAUAAGAGACCUUUAAAUGAUAGAACUCUGAACAAACUUAAGAGAAAGGAUUUGGAUGAGUUUAUAGGAGAUGCCAAAGAUGAGACUGAGGAGUAUGUUGCUGAUGGAGUCAGUGAAGAGGAUGAGUAUGUCGAGGAGGAGUUUAACUCUGAAGAUGAUAAAAAGAAGAAAAAGAGAAAGCCAACAACUGGUAGAGCAGGCAAAAAAUCAUAAAAGCCGGGAAAAUGGAUUGAUGCACUUGACGAUAAAGGAAACGAUCCUGAUCAACCUAAGCCUGAGAAAAAGAAGAGAGUGAUCAAACCGAAAGUUGUACAAGAUCCAAAUCUCAUCAAAACUCAAAAUAAACUUAUCGGCUCUAUUUAAAAUACUGACUUAUACGAUUCAGAUGAUGAUAUACUUCAAUAAAAUAGAACUGGGCUCUACCUAAAUGGAAAUAAUGAUAAUACUGAAUUCCAAAAUAUGGACCUUGACUUUGGAGACUCGAUGCAAAAGAAAGACAAGAAGGAUAUGAGUCAGCUAUUUAACAGCAUGAAAAUCAAAAAAAUGUAAAGAGAAGAUCCAGCUUCUAUUGCUGCUGACAUUGGAAUAAUCAAAUGUCUCAGUUCAAAGAUCUCUGUAAAUGAACUUGCAGCUAAGGGUAUCAAGAUCUCUCUCAGAGAUUAGCUCUUGAAAAAAGCUGCUGAAAAGUCAAGAGAACCUCUGAUCACUACAACUGUCAGCAAUAAUUUGAAUAAUGACAGCAAAAAUGAUAAUCCAAGCAUUGACGGUGAGCUUAAUAAUCAAAGUUUGCCAGAACCUUAAAUAAAUCCAAUUGAAACAAUGUUUAUUGACCAGCCGUCAAUCUUUAAGUAAUAAACAUUGAAUUUCAAUAAAGAGCCAUUAAGAAAGUAAAACUCAACAGUUUCAUUACACAGCUGCAGCAACUAUUAACAAUCUGAAAAUAAAUUCAACCAAGAAGAUGAUGAUGGAGGGCUAGUCUUCGUAGAUCCAGUGGAAGAAGAAAAAGCCAGGAAAGAAAGGGAAAAGCUUCUCAAGAAAAAGGAGGCUCCAGUCCUCAAGAUUGCGGGAAAAUUCACCAUUCAGGGUGGUCUUCAUCCUCAAAAUUAAUCAGGGGGAAAUCAAUCUGUCAAUAGUAGAGCAAUGUUCUUGCAAGGAUUAAAGAAUUAAACAAUGCAAAAAAAAUCAAAUUAACUUACCUUUGAAGAUAUAAAAUAGACUUUUGUAUCAACUGAGUUAACAGAGAAUAAAAACGAAGAGAAAAAAGCUAAACUUGAUUUUCUGAAGUAAAAAUCUUUAUAAUCAUAAGGAUAAAAUAAACAAGCAAGUGAUAUUACAAGUGAAAAGGAAGCUAACAAUUAAAAUGAUGAAUAAUUCAAUCAAGAUAUCGAUGGAAGCGGUGAUGAGUACGAACAAGACUUGGAAGAAAUGAGUGAGGCAGACCUGGAAGCUUGGGAUGAUGAGGAAAAUGUCAGAAUUGUUAGAAAAAAGCUGAAGAGAGUAGAUGAUGAAUCUAUGGGAGAAGAAGAUGAAGAUUUAUAUUAGGAUAAGACUGAUGAAAUAGCCGCUCAAGAAGAGAAAUAAGAUGAAGUUAACGAAUUGGAGAAAUAAAGCAACUAAGCUGAGGGCGAGAAAUUGAACUAAAAAAUUGGAUCAUAAAAAACAAAUUCAGUUAGAUCAAGAAAAGCAUCUGAGCUGUCCUUACCAUCAAUGAUGUCUGAAAAAGAGAAAAAAUUGCAAAGACAAAAGCUAAUUGAAGCUGAAAGAAAGAAACGCUAAUUGCGUAGAUUCCUUGAAGAAGAGGCUGAGCUUGGUUCAGACGAUGAGGAGAAGGAUGAUAUUAGAAAGGCCAUUAACAGGAACGACGACGAAGAGCAUGACAGUGAUCUAGACGAUGAUCUUGAUGGGUUUGUUGUCAAAGGAGAUGAAUAGGAAAUCGAUGAUCCAGAUGGUAAUGUUUAUCAGAGACAUAUGGAACUAAUGGAGUAGCAGGACAAAGAAGCCUAUCAAAGAACUAUUCAAGCAGUGCUCUUUGGAUAGAAUAAGAAAAGAAGGAGAGAUGAAGUUGAGGGAGGCAUGGAGUCUGAUGAAGGUGCUUCUCGUAAAAUGAGAAGAAUAGAGGAUAGAAUGAAUGAGUUAAACUAGUAUAAUGACGAUAUGGUCUUGGACUUGGAGGGAUUCAGACAGAGGAGGAUGCAGGAAUAAAUGAUGCAAUAAAUGAAAGAAGAGGAAGAACUUAGUGAGGAAGAGAUUCAGAAACAGGCUGAGAAUAAUGAGUACUACUAGAUCAAGAAAACCCUCAAAGAAAAGGGUAAAGAUCUAGAGAGAUUCAACACUCUCAGGGGUAAGCAGGAUAGAGAAGAUGACAGGCUGGAAGAGUACAUCGAAGACUUGAAUCAGGAAAAUAAAUAAAAGAAGACCACAGCUAAUGAAAAGGAUAGUAAAAAGAUAAUAAAAGGUCCAUCCUACCUAGUCAAGUCUACAAUGAUUGAUAAGAAGAAUGUGAUAAUUGAUAACUUUGGCAAUAAAAAUAUGGAUAAAUUCUAGUCAAAGAAUAUAGAGACAGAUUCUCACAUCACAAGUGCAAGUAGCAACGGCAAGUCUAGCAAGAAUCACAAUCCUAACCCCCAGAAGACUCGAGGUAGCUAUAUUCCAAACACCUCAAGCAUGAUGAAUUUCAUGAAGGUGAAUGGAGCUGCCUCCUCUAUGAUUCCCAAGAAAACUGAUAAAGCCUACAUGUUUACAAAGGCUUCAAAUCCCGUAAUGCAAAAUAGCGAAGAAAAGAACGCUAAAAGUCCUGGAUUUCUCAAGAAAAAAGCCAAGAUUGGUGUCUGA